AUGCGGUUUAGCGGCCGCGCCGGCUCGGGCUGGAUGUUCUCAAAGAUCUUCUCCAAACCCAAACGAUUUGCUGGUUCUCCCUGCUCCCAGGUGGGGCAAGGAGACACUGAGCUGUGCCCACUCUGUGUCUCCACAGCUGCUGUGACCCCGUGCACCUCCCCAGGGGUGCCCCAGGCUGCCCCCAUGGACCUGCGCAUCGGGCAGCGCCUGGUGAAGCCCAGCUCGGACACUGCCCUGCUGGCCCUCAAGCACACCCAGCACCUCCAGCACCAGCUCUUCCUGGCCAGUUUGCACCAGCAGCAAGUGGAGCAGCUCGCCCACCAGCACGUCAGGGUGAGCAUGGAGCCCCCCCACCGGGAGGCUGAGCCAGGGCAGCAGGAGCAGGAGCUUCGGCAGAUCCUCAACAAGGACAAGAGCAAGAGAAGUGCUGUGGCCAGCACGGUGGUGAAGCAGAAGCUGGCUGAGGUCAUCCUGAAGAAGCAGCAGGCAGCUCUGGAGAGGACCAGCAACCCCAACCCUCCAGCCAUGCCCUACAGGUCUCUGGAGCCCCUGGAUCCUGAGGGCCCUUCCCCUCCCGUGCUCAGCACCUUCCUGCCCCCCGUGCCCAGCACUGCCCUGGAGCCCCCCGAGCACUUCCCGCUGCGGAAGACGGCCUCGGAGCCCAACCUGAAGGUUCGUUGCAAGCCCAGGAAGUGCCUGGACCGGCGCAAGAACCCCCUGACCCGCAAGGAGAGCGCUCCCCCCUCGCUCAAGAGACGCCCCCCCGAGCCCCUCGGUCCCCAGUGCCCCCUGCCCCAAGCCCAGGGCUCCUCCCAGGCUGCAGGGGCUCUGCCACCUUCUUCUGCUGCCCGUGCCCUUGCUGAGCUCUGCCAGGGCUGGAGCAGGAGACUUAACAGGUUGUGUUUGGUGCAGCCUCCCCUGGCCCAGCGCCUGAUGCUGCAGGAGAGCUCCCUGGCCCAGUUUGCCCUGCAGGGUGCAGCCUCCCUUCCAGCCAUCACCCUGGGAUUGCCAGCUGCCACUAGUGCCAGGGGAGACCCCGAGCGCCGCCUGCCCCACCGGGUGCCGGUGCUGACCGGGCCGGUCCUGCCGGGCACACACUCCCCCCUGUUCAUCCCAGCUGGUUUGGAGCAGCACGAGGCUGGGAGCCCCUUGUCCCCUCGGCUCCAGCCCCUCAUCAUCCUCGAGCCCUCGGUCACCCACGCUCCCCUGGUGGCAGUGCCAGGUCUGGGAACUGUCCCCUUCUCCUUCGCCCCCUCCCUGCUCCCUGCAGGGCACCACAAACCUCUGGGCAGGACCCGCUCGGAGCCCCUGCCCCAGAACCCCAAGGCCAUCCAGCAGCAGCUGGUUUACCAUCAUCACACCCAGUUCCUGGAGAGGCUCAAGCAGCAGACACAUCUGGGCAAGGCCUAUCUCUGGGACUCCUACCAGCGUGUGCAGCAGCAGCUCCUCAAACGACAGCCCUUGGCUGACCCCCCCAUGGUCCCCACCCUCCACGGGGGGCACAGACCCCUCUCUAGGGCCCAGUCAUCUCCUGCCACUGCCACCAUCUCCCUUCCUGCCCAGGACACGGGCACCAAGACCCUCUCCCUGCCCGUGCAGGAGCAGCCAGCCAAGCCCCACUUCACAACAGGGCUGGUGUACGACUCGGUGAUGCUGAAGCACCAGUGCAGCUGCGGGGACAACAGCAACCACCCCGAGCACGCGGGCAGGAUCCAGAGCAUCUGGUCCCGGCUGCAGGAGCGGGGGCUGCGGGGGCAGUGUGAGGUGGUGCGACCGCCCGGGCACCACGCAGACCCUGCCACUGCCAUGGGAUUCUGCUUCUUCAACUCGGUGGCCAUCGCUGCCCGGCAGCUGCAGCAGAAGGGGAAGCUCAGCAAGAUCCUCAUUGUGGACUGGGAUGUCCACCAUGGCAAUGGGACCCAGCAGGUCUUCUACAGGGACCCUGAUGUUCUCUACAUCUCCCUGCACCGACACGACGACGGGAACUUCUUCCCCGGCAGCGGCGCCGCCGACGAGGUCGGCGCUGGUCCCGGCGAGGGAUUUAACGUCAACGUAGCCUGGACUGGAGGGCUCGACCCCCCCAUGGGUGAUGCUGAGUACCUGGCUGCCUUCAGGACGGUGGUGAUGCCCAUUGCCCACGAGUUCUGCCCCGACCUGGUGCUGGUGUCUGCUGGUUUCGACGCAGCCGACGGGCACCCCCCCUUGGGGGGCUACAAAGUCUCUGCGAAAUGUUUUGGCUACCUGACCAAGCAGCUGAUGAGCCUGGCAGGUGGGGCCAUCGUCCUGGCCCUGGAAGGUGGCCACGACCUGACGGCCAUUUGUGACGCAUCUGAGGCUUGUGUCUCAGCCCUGCUGGGCAACCAGCUGGAGCCUCUCCCAGAGGAAAGCCUGAGGCAGAAACCCAACCCCAACGCCCUGCGCUCCUUGGAGACCGUGAUCCAGGUGCAGAGUAAAUACUGGGUGACCCUGCAGCGUUUUGCCUCCAAACUGGGCUGCUCCUUCCUGGAGGCCCAACAGCACGAGGCAGAGGAGGUGGAGACAGUGACAGCCCUGGCCUCCCUCUCGGUGGCCGUGAUGGUGGAGAAGAGGCCCCAGGAUGAGCCCAUGGAGGAGGAGGAGCCCAUGACCCAGUGA